GGCUGCUCUCAUGCGGCACAUGCACACUCUGAUCGCUGCACAAUCGCCGAAGCUUGUACGCUCUUAUACGUCAAUGGUUUGCAUGGCAAGGCGACAAGCAAAGUCUCUCAAUACGCCGACACAUUUGAAUUAUGUCAGAUCUGUUACAGUAAGGACUGCGGAACAUUCAGCUUUUCCACAGUGUAACCAUGGCGAAGAGGAUGUUGCCAAAGCAGCAGAACGUGUCAGAAAAAGUAUUGAAAUGCCGCCAGGCUUACAUGAAAGUCAGGUCCAGAAUUUUCGCCAUCUGGUGCAAAAUGCAGGGCAUGUAUCCCAAGGAGUUUCUACGACUCUACUCAGCUGUUUCGGCUCUUGCCUGUAUAACGUCCACCCGAAACAGAGGACCAACCUAUUGCAGGAGACCUGGAACAUGCUGCGACAACAUACUGUGUUUGAGGUGGGCCACUACAACACUCUACUGAAAGUCUAUGUUGAAAAUGGCCACAACUUUACUCCAACCGACAUCAUCACCGAGAUGCAGUCUCACCACAUCAUACCCGACAUGGAUACGUAUGAAAACCUGAUGGAACAUUACUGUAACCAUGGAGAUGUCCAAGCUGCAAUUACGGUGAUGAACAUCAUGAAGGAAUGUGGUUUCCCUAUCAAAGAGAAAGUGUACAGCUUUCUCAUCACGGGCUUCUUCAAAUCUGGUGAUACAGAGAGUGCCAGGGAUGUACUGGAGCAACUGCGUCAAGCCUCCCUCACACCAUCAGUACAGAGUUACACGGCACUGGUGUGUGGCUACGCCCAACAGGGGGACAUGGCAGCCGUCAAACAGCUGCUGUCUGAGAUCCCUGGCAUGAUGAUUAAUUCAAGGUCUGUGAUGAAGGCAGUUGUCACCAUGGUGAUGGCUGGACACUCACAACAUGUUGAUGAGAUGAUCAAAAUGCAGGAAGCUGUUACAGACGAUGGUGCAAAUGGCUUGAUGUAUGUAUCUCAACUCGUAGCUCAUGGGUUUGACGAUGAUGCGUACAAGCUGUUCCACAGUUUAUACAAACAGCAAGGGGACCCCAACUAUGGCAGGUGUCUCCUACAGAUGUUCAUUCAGUUGGAGAGGCCACUUGACAGUGUGAUGCAGCUGAUGGAACGCCUCAAGGCAGAUAACAUGACUGUCGAUGAUAUAAGUGACGUCGCCAGCACUGCCAUCAGGAUGGGGAAGACAGAUUAUGCUGUUGCUGCUAUUGAAAUGAUGAAGUCUCUGAAUCUGCCUGUGCGGACCCACUAUUUCUGGCCAGCAUUUUGUCAGUACCGAGACAAGGGAGAUAAGCAAGGUGUCAUCACUACUGCGGAGAAGAUGGGGAAGCUGUGUGACACGAGGUCCGAUCAGCUUCAGACAUACCUGACGUACAUCUAUCCUGCUCUCAAGAAGCUGGGGGAACCCAGAGACCGGCUGCUGACACUUCCAGUGAAUGCUGGUUUUCGAGCUGAGGAUGUGAACUUUGUAAAUAUGGCAUGGAUUUUGGAUACAGAGGGACCUGAAGCAGCCUGGGACUAUGCAAAGGACAAGAAAGUUCAUGGCAAUAUCAAAAUAUUUAGGAGAAUAGCUUCUAAAAUUGGCCAUGUGAGAAAUCUGGAUUCAUCCUGGGAGAAUUUGUUCAAGGUGAUCCUGCAUGGUUUCCAGGGGGCAAGCCUGGAGAAGGUGACCGGCCAUGUGUUACAGGAGAUCAUCAACGCCAAUCCGGGCAGGGAGAUACUAGGCAAAAUAUUUGGUUUUGUUACAGAAAAUAACAUGCUGUCUAGCCAUGAAGAGCAGAACAAGCUUGUGGCCAUGCUGCAGAAUGCUCCUGCAUCAGUCACUGAGAAAUUGGUAGAAUCGAGGGGACUUAGCAGACAUUUGACCUUGAACCAAGAGGAAGAGUGUCAUCCAGAACAGGGACCCAAUGUCAGCUUCCCUGUACUUCAGAGACGUGGACAGCAGUACGCCACACAGGCCCGGGAUGUUCCUGCUGCACUACAGAGCCUGGACCAAAUAGAGGCGAUGUAUCCUGAACGUUCUGACUACCAUGGUCUGGUUCUAGCAGUUGCUCAUCUACUAAUACAAGAAGGACAGCAAGAUGAGGCCCUGGUGCGACUAGGGAAUUACUCUGACAAGUGGAGGCACCAACUGCUGAAGACCAGGACUGGCACGAUGAGGGCAGACUGCAGCAAGCUGGUCAAGACUAUCUCCAGUGCCUCUUAUGGUGCUAGACUGGUGGAAUCUCUGGUGUAUUUUGGAUACCUUGACACGGCGCAUCCUGUGUUGAACACAUACAUGGAGGCACUGCUGAACAGCAAAGAUUUACAUGAAGUCACAGAAGGAGUGAUGUACACUGCUUCCAAGUACAGCUGGAUACCGAAGCUGAAUGAUGUCAUCCUCUGGCUCAUCACUACCGGGGAAACCCAGGCACUGCAGACAGUGGUUGAUACAGCAACUGGUCUUCUCGGACAACAGGAAGCCAUCGUACGAUUGAUUGAAGGUUUUCUUCGAUGUGGACAACACCAGAAGGUUUCCAAACUUUUAAAGGAAUCAGGUGCAUAUCUUGAGAAUCAUCGGAUGAGGGAGCUGGUUCAUAAACUAGUGAAGGGACUGAGGAUUACAGAACUUGAGGGCCUGGUUGAAGCAGCCCGAGGUGUUGAGGAUAUUGACCGGAGGAUUCUCAUGUCGGAGCUCAUCAGAUGCUAUGGGAACCUGCAUGAUGAGGAUGCAGCCCUAGGUGUAUGGGAACGAUGCCAGGAGGAGGGUGUGUCUCUAGAACCGGCCUCACUCCAUAUACUCAGCAACUACCUGCAAGCUGUAGACAUCCCUGUGCCUUUCCCUGUACCUCCGGUGCCCAGCAAGCAAGUUCACAGGUUUGAAGAUGUAGCAGACGAAUACCUGUUCCACUGCAUCGUACACAAACAAUGGGAAAACAUCACUGAGUCACUGAAAAGUUUAACACCUGAUAUGUUUUUCAAGCUGGUGGACAAAAUCCCUGGUGGGGAACGUGCUGUACAAGCAACACAGAGAAUCGCUUUUCAUCUUGGUGAGGUGGGGAAUAUAGACACCCUGAGGGCUAUCGACAACAGCAGGGCCAUUCGUAAAGCUGCUGUGGAGAAUGUGAAACGGGCCUUGUUCUGUGCAUACAUACACAGGGAGAGACAUGAUGAGCUUGUAUGGCACCUCAAGCAAAGGACAGACAUGUUGGCGAGCUACUUGUCUUCCCAUGGACUGUCGUUGUUAAAGGAGAAGUCCCAGUAUCAUUAUGGGGAAGUGGUGUCUAUGAUACACAGACAAGCUAUGAGCAGUCAGCUGAAGCCAGCCGGCAUAUUGUGGGUGCACUAUUUCAUCACUUCAUCACCAGAGGCUGAUCAGCUGCUGCAGAUGUACCGGGGUCUGAAUGCAGAUCUGCCACUAGGUUUUGUGUUUUCUCACAUCCGUUUCACAAACGAGGUGGAGUUGAUCCCGUCUUUGGUGAACACUUUCAGGUCCAAGCACAAGCUGCUACUGAAAGCCUACGACCAUUGUCUCAGCUACCAUUAUUCCAACAGAGAUCUUGAUGCAAUGAUGACUGCAGGGAGACAACUGCAGGAGGCUGGCAUCCGCAGUUCCCAGCUGACCAGAAAGUAUGUACGUUAUGUCGACUACCACUGCCGGAAGAACAACAUAGCAUCUCCAUUUGAUCGAGAUGCCACAAAAUCUAUCUCUCCCAACAACUCCACCAAUGCAGAUGACUCAUCCUCUGAGUCGGACCGCGAUGCUGACGUAGAGUAGGUGUAUAGUGUGGAGGACUCGUCCUCUGGUUCGGACUGAAAUGCUGACGUACAGUAGAUGUAUAGAGUGGUGGACUGGUCCUCUGGUUCGGACUGAGAUGCUCACGUACGGAAGAUGUAUAGUGUGGAGGACUUGUCCUCUGGUUCAGACUGAAAUGCUGACGUACAGUAGAUGUAUAGAGUGGAGGACUGGUCCUCUGGUUCGGACUGAGAUGCUGACAUACAGUAGAUGUAUAGAGUGGCUGACUGGUCCUCUGGUUCGGACUGAAAUGCUGACGUACAGAAGAUGUAUAGUGUGGCGGACUGGUCCUCUGGAUCGGACUGAGAUGCUGACGUACAGAAGAUGUAUAGUGUGGCGGACUGGUCCUCUGGUUCGGACUGCGAUUCUGACGUACAGAAGAUGUAUAGUGUGGAGGACUGGUCCUCUGGUUCAGACUGAAAUGCUGACGUACAGUAGAUGUAUAGUUUGGAGGACAGGUCAGAAAUUUUAGAAAUUUUUAUUUUUUACGUUUCCAUGGCAACAAGAUGGACUUAGCUUCUGUGAGGGUAGGGUUCGUUUCCGGAGCAUAACUCAUAAACCGUUCAAUA